AAAAAAGAAGUKGAUGCCUUGUCCAUGUCUGGCUCUGAGAUCUACAAURCGAUGAAGACUGCCACCUUCAAGRUGGCCGCCAGUGAAUCAAAGAAUGGUGAUACCAGCUCCUACUACGCCGUUGCUGUGGUGAAGAAAUCUAACUCCGCAAUCAACAUAAACAACCUGGCGGGGAAACGGAGCUGCCACACCGGGAAGGGGCGAACUGCUGGCUGGACCAUGCCGCUGGGAUACCUGAUCGACCAGGGCUUCAUGUCUGUGAUGGGCUGCGACAUUUCAAAGGGUGUGGCGAAUUUCUUCGAUGCCAGCUGCAUCCCUGGAGCUAACGAGGCUAGUGACCCGGCGUCUCUGUGUCAGCUGUGCAAAGGAGAUGGAAAAGGACAGCAUAAAUGUGAAAUGAGCGAGCAAGAAAUGUACUACGGCUACGAAGGAGCGUUCAGAUGUUUGGCUGAAGACGCUGGGCAGGUGGCUUUCAUCAAACACGAUACUGUUACAGAGAACACUGACGGUCACGGCCCGUCGUGGGCCCAAUCCUUGUUAUCGUCGGAUUUUGAGCUGCUGUGCAGAGACGGGACCAGAGCUGCGGUCUCCCAGUGGAGUCGGUGCCAUCUGGUUCGCGUCCCGUUUCGUGGCGUCGUGGUUAGCAAUGACAUCACUCCCUCUGUGGUUUUCAACAUGCUAAAUGAAGGCCUGGCAAAGUCAGAUUUCAACAUGUUUUCUUCAGCGGGUUACGGUGGGGAAAAUCUUCUGUUCUCUGACUUAACCACCAAGUUUGAAGUGAUGGAGGCCGACGACCCGGUCAGGUGGAUGAGCACCAACUAUUACAACGUCAGGAAAGCCAUGGACUGCACACCUCAAGACAUCCCCUCUACCAUUCGAUGGUGUGUUUUGUCGAGCGGAGAGCAGCAGAAAUGCGCCGAUAUGGGCGUCGCCUUUAAGAGCAAAAGCCUCACUCCCGCCGUCAACUGCAUCCACGGCGCAUCUCUGGCUGACUGCAUGACCAAGAUCAAAAACAACGAGGCGGACGCCAUGACGUUGGAUGGAGGGUACAUUUACACGGCGGGUAAAAACUACGGCUUGGUUCCCGCUGCAGCCGAGAGUUACACAGACGAGCGUGACGGCUCCUCAUACUACGCAGUGGCAGUGGUGAAGAAAAGCAGGGACGACAUCCGUAACCUUGACGACCUGCGUGACGGUCGCUCCUGUCACACCGGCUACGGUCGCACCGCAGGCUGGAACAUCCCCGCGUCCGCGCUGAUCGAGAGAGGACUGAUCAGCCCGAAAGACUGCCAGGUUCCCCAAGCGGUGGGAGGAUUCUUCGAGAAGAGCUGCGUUCCUGGCGCCAAUCUGCACGGCUUCCCCAAGAACCUGUGUGAUCUGUGUGUGGGAGACGACUCGGGCCAGAACAAAUGUGAAAAAGGAAAAGAUCGGUACGACGGUUACGACGGGGCGUUCAGGUGUCUGGCUAGCGGCGACGGAGACGUGGCUUUUGUCAAGCAUUCCACUGUCUUCCAAAACACCGACGGUCAUUCGUCGGAAAGCUGGGCUGCAGGUUUGCUUUCGACAGACUUCCAGCUGCUCUGCUCCAAGGGAACCAAAGCCGAGGUGUCCCAGUACCGGCUGUGCAACCUGGCCAGGGUUCCCUCUCACGCCGUCAUGGUGCGACCAGAAACCAACAUCCACGCCAUCUACGGGCUGCUGGACCGCGCACAGACCCACUUCGGCAGCGACACCGGUUCUGGUUUCAAGAUGUUCGACUCUCAGGGCUACGAAGGCUCAGACCUGAUUUUCAAAGACUCCACUGUUCGCAUCAUCGGCGUUGGCGACAAAAAGACGUACCAGGAGUGGCUGGGUCAGGAUUACAUGAACUCGGUGGAGGACCUGGAGUGCAGCUCCUCCAGCACAGCCGUCUCGCUGCUGCUGCUGGUUGCGUUGCUCAGCCUCACGUUGACCAACGUCUGGAUGUAACGCCGCAGCGACUCCAGAUUCACCUCCACACCUGUGUUUCUUCUUCACACACAUUAUCCCACACUCUCAAUCACCUCACCAUCACUUCUCUUCCUCUUUUUCUUUCACUGCUUUUCAACUCGUUUGAUUGCGGCCUAGUUAAAUCACAGUUUGUAGCUUCAGGCUAGUUGCUUUCUAGAAACCCAAUCCAGUUUGUUUGUGUGUUAAUUUACAAUCUGGGGACAGAAGAGCUGAUUGGAGCAACAMAGAGAAACGGAGCACAUUGUGUUUGUUUGGCAGAGAUUUGACAACAUGUGAGAAGAAGACGGAGGGCGCCAUUUUGUUUACGGAGGGUGGGUUGCCAUAUCAGUGCGUAUGCUGCCACCUGUUACAUUUACACAGGGCCUCGUCAAAAAGCUGAUUUUUAAAGUUUACAAAGGCCACUUUAAAUAGGUUACCAUCAUAUUUACCUCAAAGGAAAUUCACUAAAACUCAGCAAAAACUUUGGUUCAGUUAUUAUAAAAAAAUGAAGCUUAUUUCUCACUUCUUCUGACCAAAACAAACAAAUCUUCAUAUGUUUCUUAUUUUUGUUGCUCCAUUUUAUUUUGCUUUAAACUGCUGAUUGUUGUGUAUUUUCCUACAAUGAAAGMUUUAUUUUUAUAUGACGUUCAGGUGCCAUAUCAGUGUAUAUGUACUGACUCAUGCUGUCAGACGUUGAUGCAUUCUCUUCCUUCUGAUAGAGAUUUAUUUCUUUGUGAAAUGAUGAAACGUGUGACUAAUAUUUAGUUGCCAGGCCAGUGUGCCUGCAUAAGUAUUACUGCAUUMAGCUGCUGCUGUUCUGUGCUUGUCUAAAUUAAAUAAACAUGUAAGCGAAAUGAA